AUGGACGUGCUGAUCAGCCUCUCUCAUUAUUUGAUUUGAUUUCCUCCCUUCUCCCCCUUCCUCUUGCUUCUUCAACCUCCUUCAUAGUAGAGAUCUGAUCGGAGAGACAGGGAUAGGGAUACAGGCAGGAGAGAGGCUUAGAGAUUUUGCUGUAUGUCAGUAGACUGUGUCGAGGCUUGUUUUGGUGGAUUUGGAGAACUCGUCAACCCUCUUCAAUGGCCUCAGCUUCGCAAAAAGCGGCGCCAUGCGAUCACAACGGUCUUUCCGCUGCCGCCGUCGCCGGCUCUCUUCCAUCUCCGCCGGUCGCUGCCACCAUGGCCAAUGCGGUCGCCGGCUGGUCCGUUGGCAACGCCAACCGCGACGAUCAGCAAACCGCUAAGGUUGACUUGGAAUCCAUGAUCCGUCCUGUCGAUUCGCUUCCUGAUACGACCAAAAAGCCCGCAAACAAAGGGAUCUCUCUGAUGCCAAGGACUGAAACUAAACACCCUUUGGAUCCCUUAUCCGCAGCUGAGAUAUCCGUAGCAGUGGCAACUGUAAGGGCAGCUGGUGCAACCCCUGAGGUUAGAGAUGGUAUGCGUUUCAUCGAGGUUGUGUUGAUCGAACCAGAGAAACGUGUCGUCGCACUGGCUGAUGCUUACUUCUUUCCACCUUUCCAGCCAUCUUUACUUCCAAGAUUCAAAGGCGGACCUAUCAUUCCUACAAAGCUCCCUCCAAGGCGAGCUAGCCUUAUCGUUUAUAACAAAAAGUCAAAUGAGACAAGUGAAUGGAUAGUGGAGCUAUCUGAGGUUCAUGCCGUCACUCGAGGUGGGCAUCACAGGGGAAAAGUGGUUUCCUCACAAGUUAUUCCUGAUGUUCAGCCACCAAUGGAUGCGGCUGAAUAUGCUGAAUGUGAAGCCACUGUAAAAGACUUUCCUCCAUUUAGAGAGGCGAUGAAGAGGAGGGGUAUUGAAGACAUGGAUCUCGUGAUGGUUGAUCCCUGGUGUGUUGGUUAUUACAGUGAAGCUGACGCACCUAGCCGUAGGCUUGCAAAGCCACUCAUAUUUUGCCGUACAGAUAGUGACUCCCCAAUGGAAAAUGGUUAUGCCCGUCCAGUUGAGGGAAUUUAUGUGCUAGUAGACAUGCAAAACAUGGUUGUUAUUGAGUUUGAAGACCGUAAGUUUGUUCCGCUUCCCCAACCUGACCCUUUGAGGAAUUAUACCCCAGGGGAAACUAGAGGGGGUGUUGAUAGAAGUGAUGUUAAACCGCUCAACAUUGUACAACCUGAAGGUCCAAGCUUCCGCGUCAGGGAUUACUUUGUGGAAUGGCAGAAGUGGAAUUUUCGUAUCGGGUUCACUCCGAAAGAGGGUUUGGUAAUACAUUCAGUUGCAUAUGUUGAUGGAAGUCGAGGUCGAAGACCUGUUGCCCAUAGGCUAAGUUUCGUUGAGAUGGUUGUGCCUUAUGGGGAUCCUAAUGAUCCACACUACAGGAAAAAUGCCUUUGAUGCAGGGGAGGAUGGUCUCGGGAAAAAUGCACAUUCACUUAAGAAGGGAUGUGACUGUCUUGGCUUUAUCAAGUACUUCGAUGCUCAUUUCACAGACUUCACUGGAGGGGUUGAAACCAUUGAGAAUUGUGUGUGUUUGCAUGAAGAGGACCAUGGAAUUUUGUGGAAGCACCAAGACUGGAGAACAGGAUUAGCCGAAGUCCGAAGAUCUAGAAGGUUAACAGUGUCUUUUAUAUGCACUGUGGCUAACUACGAGUAUGGAUUCUACUGGCAUUUCUACCAGGAUGGAAAAAUAGAAGCUGAAGUAAAACUUACCGGUAUCCUCAGUCUAGGGGCUCUGCAGCCCGGAGAAACUCGAAAAUAUGGUACUACUAUUGCACCGGGAUUGUAUGCACCAGUCCAUCAGCAUUUCUUUGUUGCUCGCAUGGAUAUGGCUGUUGACUGCAAACCUGGUGAAGCUUUUAAUCAGGUUGUUGAGGUAAACGUCAGAGUUGAUGAGCCUGGCAAGAAUAAUGUUCAUAAUAAUGCGUUCUAUGCCGAAGAAAAGUUGCUUAGAACUGAGUUGGAGGCAAUGCGAGAUUGUGAUCCACUGUCUGCUCGCCAUUGGGUUGUAAGGAACACAAGGACUGUGAACAGGACAGGCCAAUUGACGGGGUACAAACUUGUACCUGGUUCAAACUGUUUGCCAUUAGCUCGUCCUGAGGCCAAGUUUUUGAGAAGAGCUACUUUCCUGAAGCAUAAUCUCUGGGUUACACCCUAUGAUCCCAAUGAGAUGUUUCCUGGUGGAGAGUUUCCGAACCAAAACCCGCGUGUUGGUGAAGGUCUUGCUACAUGGGUUAAGCAGAACAGAUCAUUGGAAGAAUCCGACAUUGUCCUCUGGUAUGUGUUCGGAAUAACUCACGUCCCCCGACUGGAAGAUUGGCCUGUUAUGCCCGUUGAGCAUAUUGGCUUCACGCUAAUGCCACAUGGGUUCUUCAACUGCUCUCCUGCGGUAGACGUACCUCCUAACCCUUGUGAAUUCGAAACUAAGGACAACGAUGUCAAGGACAAUGCGAUAUCCUCCAAACCGAUUCAGAGCGGCCUACUUGCGAAGCUUUGAAGAACGAACAUUUGUUUUCCUUGAAUAAAGCCGAGAAGAUCGCAGAGUGCUCAGUCUCAGGACUCUUGCCAUGUUUUUCUUUGGCUGCUUUUGUACUCUGAGACGGGUUUGUUUGAUUUUGCAAGAGACUUAGUUUUCUUGCAUUAAUAGCAUAACAGUCGGACAUUGUGUCGUGCUUACGAACAUGCCUGUUUGUUUUCCUGACAUGUUGUGUGAUACUGCUCAGACUUUUGAUGGAUUUGUUAAAUGCUGAAAAAUAUUAGCAAUGAGGUUUUAUUCAA